AAAUGUAACCUCAAAUAAAGUGCGGUGAACUCGAAACGUCGAAACACUGGAGAAUAUUCCUUAUUUUUAUUUAAUUGCGCAGUGAAAGAAAAUGAUCAAUCUUUGGAAAGCCUCCAAGGAUAUUCAAAAUUCUGUAAAUCGACAAAGAUCUUCUAAAACUCUAAAUUCCGAAUGUGACAUAUGAGAAGUACGAGCCAUCGUAAGAAGGAAACAGACGGAAACGUCAUUCAACAUCAUUCAACUUCAUUUGAUUUACACACGAAAGAUGCAAAAAGUUGCAUCUUAUAGUACCGCUACGCUAUCUUCUGCUGGUUUUAAUCGAUUGACUUCUUCUGCAACGUCAGGAAAAAAUCAUAGAUUUUUAUUCGUGUGAAAGAGUUUCUUUUUGACGUCUAACAAAUUGAUGAAGAUUCGAAGAGCAGGGAAAACGUGAAACUCCUGGAGAAAACAUACAUAAAGUGAUGUUUGGUUCUCCGUCGUCAAAUUCAUCCUCUGAUGAGGCUCAUUGCGACCAUGGACUUGCAGAAGGUGUCAAACAAAAACCCGGGUCGAGAGCACGGAGACGUCCUCAUAAAGAUUUCCGCGAAACAAAUCGCCCAACAGGAUCUGAACCAACGCGUCGAGAAGAAAAUCCAUUUAGCUUCAAGCACUUCUUGAAAAACGAUUCUCAAUCAAAUUAUCAUUAUGCAGGAGCAAGGCCGAAGGUUUACACUGUGCAUUCAGUAAAUAGCGAAUCUAGUAGCCAUGAGAGAGAAGGUGGAGUUUAUCCUUGUAAUCCAACCGAGCUACCAGAUUUUGUUCAGGAUCAUUUAGUGAUCGAGCAAUGUUAUGUUGAUCAUGACAGAAUCACAUCUCCUGCCACUGACGUCGACAACCUGCCCGAUUUUGCUUUAAAUAGUAUGGAAAGGCGACCAAAGCGACAGUUUAAUGAUUCUAAAAAGCACCAGGUUGAUGGCGAAACAAAUUUUUCGUUCGAUCUUGCUAAUCAUUUAGACAGGAGGAGUAGGAAUCAUGUUUCCUCUAAUUCUUCUCAUCCAGAUCCGCUGGAUUUGCCUAAUUUUAACAGAAACGAAAAUGCUGGUGGAUCUGAAUCUCGAAGUUUCCCAUUUGAUCUACAAAUACCUCCGGUGGAAUCCAAUGAUCUCGUUUCAAAUGGUCAAUCAAAUGGUGUCUCCAAUAUUGUUAAGUCGUUGCCAGACUUUCUGAGUGACGGUCCUAUUCGAAAUACAGGAACUGUUUCCAACGACCGGCCUAAUUCCUGCCUCAACGAUUCUACAGAACGCAGGUUAACGCUAGAAAACGAAAGACUGCUACGCGAGUUAAAAAUUGUACGAAGACAAGCGAAUGAAAGGGCCUCAAGAAUACAAACUCUAGAAAGUCAGUUACUAUCUAGAAGACAAGAGGAUCACGAAGAGACGGUUAAUCUUGAAAAGGCUAUGGAAAAAGUGGAAGAUAAUCUAAAACGUAGCACUAGACGAGCAGUUCAUGCAGAGACUAUGGUAGCGUCUUUGAAAAAAGAAAUUGGAGAACUGAACAAUGAGGUCUCUAUGCUACGAUCGGAAAAUCGUGAAUUGAGGGCUGCGAUUGGAGGAGGUUGUAGUAAUUGUAAUAGUGCAUGUGUCGAUGGAAGAAUAAAAAGAUUGGCUAGUGACUUGCGGACCGCUGCUUCUACAGCAGAAAUUUCACUCAGGCAAUUAAUGUCCGGCGUGGGGAACUUAAGAGUAUUAGCAUCGGCAUUGGAGAAUGUGGACAGAAUAGAGGACCGAACCAAAGAUUUCUUGCCAGACUCUGACGAUGACAACGCGACCGGGCCAGCGUUGUGAUCAACUAAUUAAAAUACUGGAUACAGAGAUAGAGAAGAUACAUUUUUGUGAAGCCUCUCUCUCUCUCUUUCUCUUUAUCCAGCUUUUAGUCAAGUUUUGAAACAUCACUGAUACUAUUGAUCGUCAUUUACACUUUUCGAGUCGAAUUGAAACUAUUUUAAGCCUGUUAUUUUAAUUAGCGACUUAUUUUGUACAUAUUAAUCGAAUGCUUUAAGCACCUGUUUAAAAUCGCAGAAAUUUUUUGCUACCUGUGUAGUAAAUUCAGUUUAUAUUAAUUAAGAGUGUGGAGAAACUCGUAAAUAUGGCCCCAAGGGUUUAUACGUUUUUAUAAGUUUAUCCAACACUCUCUUGUCUGUCUAAAUGAGAAAAUGUAAACCUGUAGAGAGAGAAAUGUGUGAAAUAUCUAUCAGGUAGAGGAAUAAUUUUAUAUACCUAUUUACAUGCAGUUAAAUGUAAAAUUGUUUCGCAUCGGUAGCAUGACUCUGUGAGCUCUGUGAUCAGUAAAUUGACAAAAAUGCGAUUCUUUUAAAUAGCUGAGGAUAGUUGAUGAAUUCUCAAUGCUGUCAAUAUAUUUAUACACGUUAAACAAUCGUAAUAAACACACUUUGUACUUCGUGACGGAA